AUGGCACCUUCUAAAGAUUUUGAUCUGUCGAAAGCCAUCCAAUCAGAGCUCACCUGCAUCUUUCCAAAGUCCUUGAAACAACAUGUCACCACCAUCAUGACCAACUGGCAUCUCGAAUUUGCCAAAGACUGUAUUCCACGUCCACUAUGGCCCCAGGACCUUUUCCCUCAAUGGGGCCCCGACAUCAUUAUGCUUUUAAGCGAGAUCUCAUCACUACCCGGCGCUACUCUCCCAGACUUCACGAGAAGACUGAAGGAAGUUGUAAAGAUGCGUCAACAGAAGAACAAGUCUGCGGCUGGCAGGUCGAGUCGGGCCAAAGCUGUAGAUCUGAAAGCCGUCUUGAAACAAUAUGAAAGAGACGCCGAGGAGAUGGGAGCUGGGCUAGCGAGUCCCGAAUCAGACGCGAAGGAAAGGAAAGGUGGCCGCACAACCCGGAAUACCCGUAUACAGGUGCCGAAAACACCAGUGAACCACGACGACGAGGAUGAAGAGGAGGAAGAAGAAGGUUCCUCUGAACCGCUCGCCGGCGGGAAAUACCAGUAUCUCUCUGGCGUACGACCCGUCAAAGUCAAUCUAAACCCCGAUGCGUCAGCUGUGAAGAAGCCAACGCGACCCAAGCCUCCACCAAGAGGCAAGAGACGGAAAGCGAACGAAGACGCAAUGCCAGAUCCUCUGGCAGUCGAACUACCGACUUUAGUGCAUCAAGAUCCCGACCCCCGGGUACCGGAUGACACUGGCUUCCUCUCAGAUCUCGAAGGUAAUGAGGCGAGGGAGAAGAGCAGGAAGAGGAAGAAGCGGCUUUCGAGGCUGGAGCAGCAAAGAAUCAGGGAACCGCACUGGCAGUUGGAUAACGAUAACAUCACUCUUGAUGUUCCGACUCCGACGCAGGCCCCCGGUAUUUCUGCUGCAGAAGGCGAAGAAGAGGGUGCGACCAUACCCGACGCGCACGAUGAUGAAGACCCGGCUUUGGAUAACGCAGAAAACCCGACACCAGAUAGUGAAACGCACGAACCGAUAGAUGCCACAGAAGAAGCCGAGAUCGAGGCCAUGAACCUACUCGCCUCUCUGCCUGAACUCCCGACGAAUGCAACGGCAACGGAGAAGCGUGAAUUAGAAGAACUGAAGUUGAGCAUGGAGCAGCGCAUAUGGCGAAUCAAGGUGUUGAGGAUAGAAGAGCGGGUCCAGAAUGAGGCGCUGGCCAAGCGCGAAACGGAAGGCGAGGAAGCGCAAAGUGGGGACGCUGGUAGAGGCUGCAGGGUCUCGAGAAAAGAAGAGAGGGUGCGGAACAAGGGGAGAGCUAGACGAGAAGCAAAGAGUGGGGAUAGUGGUGCUGUAGAGAGUGAUACGAGUAGAGGGGGAAGGGUGUUGAGGACGCGUAGGGGGAAGUAG